GCUUUACGGCCUGACGGCCUAGAUAUAAAAAGUGGGAGUUGGGAAUUAGUGUGUUUUGGAGAGUUGUUUUUAGCUGUGUUUGAAGACGAAGAUAAUGGCGAAAAUGAUGAUAAUAUAAAGAGC